GUCAACUUGGAUUACCAGCACCUUGACCUAUUAUGAACGCACUGCGGAUGCCAUUGCUACACCCACAACCGUUAAUAACGAGGCACGACAAGAGUGUAAAGUUAAAUAGUAUCAUAACUGGCAGGUCGGCAGGUGUCAAAAAUCCAAAUCCCGCUUCGAUAUCUUGAACUAAGUUAAGGAUUCCAAGGACUUUGGUCUUGACUGCGACGACGCCACAGUACUCUUUCCGGUGCCCUUAACUCCGCCCCCCCAACUCGACGCCUCGGCCCUAUUCGGCUUUGUACCAGAUUAUCUGUAAGUGGCUUUGCAUGGCGUGUAGAAACCAUUCUUCACAGCGUUUGAAUGGAAUUCACGAAGAGGUGGUUCAAGUUAUCGUAAAUCCACUCUUCACCAACUGUUGAAACGUUGAUAGGCCUGAGCGGCCACCCGCUUUUCGGUGUGCACGUAGGUAGGGGGCAGUUGUACGGUGGCACUCCCUCCAUCAAGAUGGCGUAAGUCCCGACUAAAGUUUCUCUGGGUUGUUCUAGAUUAAUUCAAGGCUCUGUCCAGAGCCCACGGCCGGGUGCCCCGUGUCACUAGCCCUCAGAGUUGAAGGUUGAGCUGAGAAUGAAAGACCAAGGUGGUGCAAACGUUGGUGUCAAUGGUGACGUUAAGCUUAUCGAUGCAACCAGAAAUAGUAAAAAUUCCAGAGCGUGAUCGAUCUUUGAAAUUUGAGCCCGCAGUAUAUAAAGGGCUUGGAUUUGUAACCCGUGUCUCUUCCACUUCUCUAUCACCCAGUUCAUUUCUUUCACUAUGGUUAAAGUAGGAAUCAACGGCUUCGGUCGUAUCGGCCGUAUCGUCCUCCGUAAUGCCCUCGAAAAGCAGGAGAUCGAAGUUGUCGCUGUGAACGAUCCUUUCAUCGACCUUGAAUAUAUGGUUUACAUGUUCAAGUAUGAUUCUGUUCAUGGACGCUUCAAGGGAGACGUUGAGGCCAAGGAUGGCAAGCUCUACGUCAACGGAAAGGCGAUCACAGUCUUUGGAGAGAGGGACCCAGCCAGCAUCAAAUGGGGCUCUGUCGGUGCUUCUUACAUCGUCGAAUCGACCGGUGUUUUCACCACCAUCGAGAAGGCUUCUGCCCACUUGAAGGGUGGUGCCAAGAAGGUUAUUAUUUCCGCACCCUCGGCUGAUGCUCCCAUGUACGUUUGUGGUGUUAACCUGAACGACUAUGACCCCAAGCAUACCGUUAUCUCCAAUGCUUCCUGCACUACCAACUGUCUCGCUCCUCUCGCAAAGGUUAUCAAUGAUAAAUUCGGUAUUGUCGAGGGUUUGAUGAGCACCAUUCACGCCACCACCGCUACUCAGAAGACCGUCGAUGGUCCUUCCAACAAGGAUUGGCGUGGAGGACGUGGUAUCAACAAUAACAUUAUCCCUUCCUCUACUGGUGCGGCCAAGGCUGUCGGCAAGGUCAUCCCUCAUUUGAACGGCAAAUUGACAGGUCUUGCUUUCCGUGUACCCACGCCAGAUGUUUCCGUCGUCGACCUCGUCGUUCGCACUGAGAAGUCCUGUACUUACGACGAGAUCAAGCAGGCCGUGAAGGACGCCGUGAAGGGCGACAUGAAGGGUAUCAUGACAUAUACUGAAGACAACGUUGUCUCCACCGAUUUCAUUGGAGACCCAUCCUCGUGCAUUUUUGAUGCGCAGGCCGGUAUCCAGCUCAACAAGAACUUUGUCAAGCUCAUCGCUUGGUACGACAAUGAGUGGGGUUACUCCCGUCGUGUCUGCGAUCUCUUGAUCUACGCUGCCCAACAGGAUGGUUCCGCCUAAAAGAUCUCUUGCCAGAUUUUGAUGCUACCCUGCUUAUAGACGUUAGAAUUUAAAAAAAAUAAGUGUAUGUUUCUGGGAAAGUAAAUCUUCGUUGUACUACAUACCAUACACUCUGAAAGUAGCCCAAAUGAAAAUCCUAAUGUUCAUGGAGUCAGAUUUGAGCAAACGCACACGCGGACUUGAUAGAGUCACACGCGGAGUAGCAGGCCGAUCAUACAGUCGAAGGGACAGAGUUGCUUCUUGCAACAAUACUUCCCGCUCGGUCAGAGCUGUACUUCAUCACGCCGGCCGCAACCUUUCGGAAGUCGGAAGUGAACGUUUGAACGUUUGAACGCGCGAGGGCAUGGACGAUAUGAGCGACGCUGAAAUGGUCGUUUUGUCCGGUUGCAUUUCGAAUGCACGACUUGGACAA